AUGCCGAGGUCUUUCCUUGUGAAAAAGAAACGUGGAGCAUGUGGAGCAUGGCAGUGGAAAGAGCCAGAACAACUUGAAUGGAAAGAAGAUAAUACAUUUGUUGAUGAAAUGUGUAUGAAGCAGACACCCAGCUGUCCUGAUCCCCAACACCCUGCAACUGUGUCUCCGUCAGUCAUCACCUUAGGAUGUGGCACAGGAGGAAUGAGAGUGUCAGUACCUUUGGAACGAUCAGGAAGACCAGGGGCUGACAACAGGCCAAGCUGGUCCACGGUUAUGCUCCGGCGUUCCGUCUACGAGCCCACUACACUGGCACUUCACAGAGCAAAGCCCCGUCCCUCCCCUGGAUCAGGAGACUUUGUGUGCCCAAUGUGCUACAAGAUAUUCCCUCUGCAGCGCAUGCUGACCCGACACCUAAAGUGCCACAACUUGGUGAAGAGACAUCCUUGCCGAUUUUGUGGCAAAGGAUUCAACGAUACCUUCGACCUCAAGAGGCAUAUGCGAACACACACAGGUAUCCGUCCCUACAAGUGUGAGCUAUGUGAGAAAGCUUUCACACAGCGCUGCUCCCUUGAGUCUCAUAUGAGGAAGAUUCACAGCGUUCACCAACAGUAUGCCUACCGCCAAAGACGCUCGAAGAUCUUUGUGUGUGAGGAUUGCGGUUAUACCUCAAGCCGCCCUGAUGAGUACUUUCUCCAUGUGAGACAGUGCCAUCCUGGUAGCCCUGCCCUCCGCAGGUACUACCGCCGCCAGGCCCAUGAGAACAGCAGCUUUGCUCCAGCAGGGAGAUACCUUUUUAAUAAUUUAAUUUAA